AUGUCAGUCGCCAUAUAUGUCUCGAUAGUGGCGUCCUUUGCCGCCUUAGUGCUAUACAAAUUACAUGAAAGUAAAUCAAGUGAAUUGAAUGCAACAAAAUCACAACUCGAUAAAGAACUACAAACAAUUGGAAAAUCAUUAGAUGAUCAAAAAAAUUUAUUCAAUACAUUAUUGGAGAAUUCAAAGAGGGAGUUAGAAUUACAUCAAUCAAACAAUAGAAAACAAAAUGAAGACUUACAAUCCAAAUUAAACAAAUUGAAUGAGGAGCAUCAGGAAUUAAAGCAUAAAAAAGCAAAAGAUAAGUUGACGAUAAAUAAUUUGACAAAACAAGUUGAUGAAUCUGCACCACAAAUCAAGCAUUUAAAGAGUGAAUUACUUAGGUACGAAUCUAUAGAAAGAGAACUUGCCCAAAAAUAUACAUUUAAAUUAAAUUCAGAAAUUGAAAGAUUAGUUGUUGAAAAAGAUUUAAAAAUUGCUGAUUUACAACAAACUUUAUCAAAUAGUCAAAGAGAAUUUUCAAGACAACAACAAUUAAUUAAUGAAUCUGAUAAUAGAAGUGAUAAAGUCAUCAUCCAAUUGAGGGAAAUCAAUGUUGAUCAACAACAAAAAUAUGAUCAAUUAAAAGCUGAUCAUAAACUUCAAAUAUUACAAAAUAACAAAAAUGUUGAAAAAUAUGAUGACUUAAAAGGAUCUUAUGAUACUAUGCAUACUGAUUUAAUACAAGUUACAAAAGAUUUGGAUGAUUCAAAAAAAGUUGUAAUAGAUGUUCAAAAAAUUUGUGACAACUUAAGAAUUUCAGAAGAAACAUUAAAUAAGAAAUUAAAAGAUUCAAAUGGAAAAUUACAAGAUGCAUUAGAUAAAUUUGAAAAAUUGGAAAAACAAUCUAAUAAUAAAAGUUCAAAAAUAAAAGAUUUGAAAUUAAAAUUAAAAUUUUAUCAAGGAUUAUAUAAAGAAUUAGAAGAAUUUGUAAUGGAAUUAAAAACAAUUGAUCCAAAUUUUCCAAAAAUCGAUUUAUCAAGUAUUUAUAAUGAUAUUGAUUCAAUGUCAUCUGAUGAAGAAGAUACAUUGGAUGCAAAAUAUCAACCUAGUUUUAAAAUUGGUGAUGAAAAAGGUGAAGUCAAUCAAAAAGAAUAUGAUUUAUUGAACAAAACUAGUGAUAUUUUCUCAUCUGAACCAAUAUUAAGUGAAGUUAAAGAUUAUGUUCAAAUUUUAAAGACAAAAGUGGCUAGUAAAGAAUUAAGUGAGAAACAAAAGAGUGAAGAAAUUCAUGAACUUAAAACUCAAGUCGAGGAGUUACAGUCAAGACUUGAAAGUGAAGAUAAGAAUGGAGUCGACUCAAAAGUUGAGACAAGAAAUGAUUCAAAGGACUUAGUUAGCAAUAAAGAGGUUCUUUCUAAUAUUGAUGAGGGACUGAAGGAAAAAGUUCAAACAGAAAACAAUGGUGAGGCUAAAGAUGACUCAAAAGAUGAAACUAAAGACGAAGCUAAAGUUGAAUCUAAAGAUGAAGUUAAGGAAGAAACUACGGAUAAAACCAAAGAUGAUUUCAAAGAUGAAGCUAAAGAUGAAGCUAAAGAUGAAGUUAAAGAUGAAUCUAAAGGUGGAGCCAAAGAUGAUUCCAAAGAUGAAGUUAAAGAUGGCGAUAAAGCUAGAGCCGAGCAUACAUCCGAUAAUUCUAAAGAUGAAGUUAAGAACGACGUUAAAGGCGAAGCUAAAGAAGAACCUAAAGUUGAAGUUAACGAUCAGGCUAAAGAUGAAAUUAAAGAUGAUUCUAAAGAUGCAUCAAAAGACAAGGUUAAAGAUGAAACCAAAGACGAAUCCAAAGAUGAAAUCAAGGAUAGUAAAGCUGAGUCCAAAGACGAAGGUACACUUGAAAAUAAUGCUGAUGAUAAAGAAGAAGGUAAAGAUGAAAAUGAAGUUGACUCCAGAGAUGGAGAUAAAGAUGCCAAAGUUGAAGUCAAAGACGAUGCUAAGAACGAAGCCAAGAACGGGUCUAAGGGUGAAACUAAAGGUGAAUCCAAAAAUAAGGAUGCUUCUAAAUCUGAAUCUGAAUCUAAUAAAAAAUGUUUAGUUUCUCCUGGUGCAUCAGAUACUAAGGAAUUUAAACCAAGUCAGACCUCCACCGAAAAUGAAGUGAUACCGUCUACACCCAAACAAGAUGAAAGUCAAGUUCCUUCAGAGCAACCAAAAGAGAGUGACAUAGAUAGUGAUGAGGAAUAUAGAUCCAAAGUUCCAAUUUUUAGAACCAUUACACCUGAAAAAGAUCAACUGCCGGAUCCAUCACAAGAUAAGUCUCAAGAAGAACCAGAUACGAAAAGAAAUGAUGAUUCAAAUGUUGAAUAUACUCCAGAAGAAAGAAAUUCUACAAUUCCUCAGAUAGAUAAAAUAUUACAGGGACAGAUACAAGAAGAAAACAAGGAAGCUGAAGAUCCUCUCAAGUCGGAAGAUAAGUCUGAAACCAAUGAUAAAGAUAACGAAGGAAAAGCCAAUGAAAAUGUUAAUGAUGAAAACGUUGCGGAAUAUACUCAAGAAGAAGAAAAUUCAACUUUACCUGAAAUUGACAGAAAAUUAAAGGAACAAUUUGAGCAAGAUCAAAAGGAUGAAAGAGAAAAUAAAGAUAAGGACAGUGAUAAGAAUGAAUCACAAGAGAAAAAAGCAACUACUACCACUCCAGGAGAAAAUCAAGAACAUGGUUUAAAUAAAGAUUAUGAUCUUACGGCUGCUGAAAAAGACAAAAAGAAUGAAAAACCUUCAAAUGAAAUAGAAGAAACUCCCGACGAAUCAAAAGCUGUAGUACCAGCAAAAGAUUCAUCAAAGGAUGAAACAAAAGAUUUUAAACCUAGAGGAAGUGGUGUUGAUCCAUUAGAUGCAAGCCCUGAACCAGAAUUAACACCAAAACUUGUCAGUACAAAUGAAUCUACCGAUGAUAAAGAAGAUGACAAGCCCAUAGAUCGUAAACAUAAAAUAUCAGAAGCAAAAGCUAAUGAAAGUAAAGAAAAAUUAAAUGAUGUUUAUAGGAAAAUGUCAACUUCAAGAGAUCAACGUAUAUCAGAACAAGUGGAUGAUAAUGACAAAGAAGAACCUGAUAAAGAUACAGCAGAUUCAGAAAAUUUAGAGAAUAGUAAAAAUUCAAAAGAGCAAGAGAAAGAACCUGUUUUAAACAAAGAUGAGGCAAAUGCUCCAAAAGAAGACGAAGUUGAUAAAUCUGAAAAGAAGAAUAUUAGUGAGUUGAAAGAUGGUGAUAAAGAAAAAUCAUCAGCUAAAACAAUGGGUGGAAUUGUAAGUGAGCCUAAGAAGUUAAAUGAAAAUGACAAACCAACUGAGUUUAGUGAUAAUGAGGAUAGUCAAACUUCAAAAGUGACAGAAAACAUCAGUGACAAAGCACCGAAAGAAGAUGAAGUUGAUGGUCAAAACACUAAAAAAGUUGAUGAUUAUAAAGAUGAUGAUAAAGAAAAGACAUCUGCUAAAAUAAUGGGAGGAAUAGUUAAUGAUCCUAAAACAUCUGAUAAAGAAAGCGAAGAAGUAAAAAAACCAGAUGAAAAAGAAAAUGAAGAUCCCAAAAAUGAAAAAACUUCAAAAGACAAAGAAAUAUUUAUCAGACCACAAUCAGGAUCAGAUUAUAAUAAAGCGAUAGAGGAAGAAGAAUCCAAAUCAGAUAAAAAAGAACCACCAAAAGUUUUAGGUGGAAUUAUAAAAGAAUCUAGAAAGCUAAGUAUAAAUAGUGAUCCAAAUUUAAAAAAAUUAAGUAUUGAUUUAACUCCAAAUUUAAAAAAUGAAGAUGGUAGUAAUAAAGUUGUUGGUGGAUUAAUUACUAAUGAUAAGAAAGGUAAAGAAAAGGAUGAUGUUGAUACAAAUCCAAAUGAGGCUGAUAAGGUAAAAGAACAAUCUGAAAAUGAAACAAAGCCUACUGAUAAGGAUGGUAAAAAUGAUGAAUUGAAGAGUACGCUGGAUGAAAAAUCAGGAGAUAAAGCAAUAUUGGAGGAUAAAGAGGAAUCGAAGGAUACAUCAAAAGAUGAUACAAAAGAUAAAGAUGCAUCAAAAGAUCAUACAAAUGAUGAACUGAAAGGUACAUCAAAAAAUCCUACGAAAGAAGAAUCAAAAGAUCUUACACAAGAAGAACUGAAAGAUAUAUCAAAAAAUAAUACAAACGAUGAAAUGAAAGAUCCAGCUAAAGUUACAUCAAAAGAUACUUCAAAAGAUACAUCAAAAGAUGCACCAAAAGAUACAUCAAAAGAUACAGUCGAGGAUAAUUCAACAAAAGUGCUACAAAAUGAGUCAAAUUCUUCCCAAGUUGAAGAAUCAUCAAAUAAACCAUCAAGUACCGAAGGUGCUAAAGAUGAAACAAAAAAAGAAUCUGAAAAACAAACAAAGAAGGCAUCUGAAGAUAAAACUAAUGAAAUUUCAGGUCCGAAAGAAGACGUUAAAGAUAAAAAGGAUAAAACUGACGACGUUAAAGUACAAGAUCAAAAGGAUAAAACUGAGGAUGCUAAAGUCCAAGAACAAAAGGAUGAAGAUGAAAGUGAUGAUGAUGAUGUAGAUGGAGAAGAUGAUGAUGAUGAUAAUGAUGAUUCAAAAAUUAUUGAAGAUUCAACCUCAAGUACAACUAAUAGUCCAACUAAAAGUACAUCUAAUAGUACACAAUCAUCACCUAAAAAGAAUAAUAAGAAAAAUAAUAAUAAUAAAAAGAAUAAAAAAGGUAAAAAAAAGAAAGGUAAAAAAUAG